AUGGCUCCUCCAAAAUCAAGCGAAGACGGGGAGACAAAGGAUGGAUCUUCAAGCGAUUCCCAAGUGACGGAGCCCAUGGAAACUUGCAGCAGCGUUGCCUCUUCUUUGCUGGGGAAGCGCAAGGCCGAAACCACCAACGCGGAGGAUCCCGAAGAAAGCGAAGGCGACGGAGAAGAAAGCGAAGGCGAGGGAGAAGAUAGUGAUUUGGUUUGGGAUAAGGAUAGCUUCGAUGGCCAGGUAUAUAACCCCUCGGAUUACCCUGUGUAUUCGGACGAGGAACUUGGAGAACAAUGCCAUAACUACUAUCGCGCCGUCAUCGAAACCAAGGGUUUCUUUGAGCCAACGGGAAAUUUUCCCCGUUACCACUGGGAUGGAAUUGUUCCAGUCCCAGAGAGUCCUCCUCCUAUGUUGUUAAUCUACUUGGGAUCCUCCUUGUUUACUACUUUUGUCCAGAACAAGAAUGUGAAGUUCGACCAUUUCUUGAGGGCCAAUUUCAACCCAGGGGGAAGGACAAAGUACUACAUCACUUUUGCUGCAAGAGAGUCUCCUGAUGCACCUUUAGUGGAGUAUCAAGCUAAGGCGAUUCGGGAAGCAGGCGAGACUUAUCCCAUCCUAUGCAGACCCGCUUCUCCACCAAAAAAGGGUACUUUUCUCCCAAGAAACCCUUGUCACAUCCUCUGGUUUUGCCUCUGGGCCUGUUAUGCUUUAGUUGUAUUUGAAGGCGGUGGAAGAGGUCAGUCGGAAGACGUAGCCAAGGCGGUGGAAGAGGUGAAUUGA